AAAGAAGAACCUGGGCUUUGGGAAGAUCUAAAGGCCCAGGACGGUCUCUCAUUGGGUGAGUUGCUUUCUCUGCUGUGGUGGAGCUGAUAACAGUUUAUUCUCCCAGGGGGUCCCUGGCUGUGGCUGACAGUCUCUGGAGGGCUGGCAUGGGUCUGCGACUGGCUUUCAGGAUAAAGCCAAGAUGAAACUCCCCCUACUUCUGGCUCUCCUAUUUGGGGCAGUUUCUGCUCUCCAUCUGAGGUCUGAGACUUCCUACUUUGAAAGCCUUUUGGGUGCUAAGACCCUGCCUAAGGAUGAGGAGAUGCCAGAACAGGAGGUGGAGGAGCUGGAGGCAGAGGAGGAGGGGGGCUCUGGAAGUGAAGAUGCCUCCAAGGAAGACGGGGCUGUUGAGUCGAUCUCAGUCCCAGAUGUAGCAGACAAAAACCUUCCGUGUCCUAAGGAAGAGGACACAGUACAACUGAUGGGUGUCCCUGGGCGCCAGACCUGCCGCCGCUACCUCCUGGUGAGAAGUCCUCAAAGGUUUAAUCAAGCUCAGUUGACUUGCCAGAGGUGCUACCGGGGCAACCUCGUGUCCAUCCACAGCUUCAAUUUGAAUUCCCGAAUCCACCUCUCAGUCAGAGGGCUCAACCAGGGUCAAGUCUGGAUUGGAGGCAGGAUCAUAGGCUCGGGCCGCUGCAGACGCUUUUGGUGGGUUGAUGGCAGCCACUGGAACUUUGCAUUCUGGGCUGCUGGCCAGCCCUCAGUCCGUGGUGGUCGCUGUGUGGCCCUGUGUACCCGAGGAGGUCACUGGCGUCGAGCCCCCUGCAACAGAAGCCUUCCUUUCGUCUGUUCCUACUGAGCUGGUUCCAGCCGGGAUUUCAGAGCUGCCCUCUCCUGGGCAGCUGCCGCCCCUCUCUGCUUGCCAUCUCCCUCCACCUCCGUGAAAUAAAAUGGCUUUUACUGAAAU